CAGUAAAAAAUAUAUGACAACUUAUAUGAUAAUUUAAUGUUUGUAACUCGGCUGGACAUAUGUGUGUAUUUAUUAAUGUUUACAUUUCCAAUUUUUUUUCCUUUUAUAUUUUAAGCAAUUGUUAUGAUAGCCAUUUCCUCAUGAAUGCGCUGCAGUUGUGGACAUUGUGCAUAUAAAUCUUGAUAAUAUGCGGAAGUUGGAAGUGAGAGGACUCAGUUUAGAACUGGAAAACAAUACGAAACAUCAUUUAAUGGUGAGCAUUGGAAGGAUAGAAUACUGAAGUUACUAUUGAUGGAAAAUUCAAAUAUUUUCCCCAUGAUCUGGAUUCUGAAUUCGCUCAAAUGUGCAAAGUGACACCUGAGCAUCUGAGGUAACAGGACGUAAAUUCUCAAAGCUAAGCAUUGGAAACAAUCCAUUUUGCCUUUAAUUCGCCAAGAUAACAAUUGGAUUACCAAAAAUUAGCCGCACGGAAUCAUGGACAAUUUAUAAAAGGGAUUUUCCUUCCAUGUUUAUUCUGUGAUGCAACAUCAGUCCCAGCCGAAGAAUUAAAACACUAUAUAUGUCGGGAUGUCUUGGUGGCCUGUCAUUUAGUGAAGACAGCAGAAUGGCAACAUGACAUGACUGUGUUUGACUUUGUUAAUAAUUGAUUAACACCAUUAAUUCACCAAUUUCAACAACAGAAAUCAAUUAUGGCCUCCAUCUUGCCCUGUUUGAUUCUUGUGGUUUGGAGAAUCUUGGGUUGCCAGUGUCAGAGUGUUGCAUACACAGUUGUGGAAGAAAUCUUGCCUCCUGUAUUUCUUGGCAAUGUGGCUCAAGACAGCAACCUGACUUCCACCAUUGAUCCAUCUAUUCUUGCCAAUGUCAAAUACAGCUUUCUCAGUGUGGGUACUGAUUCAGCCUACAUGGAUCUUUUCCAAAUUGAUGAAAAUACGGGAGAUUUGAAAACGGAAUCAAAACUUGACAGAGAAACUGUGUGUCCCUUUAUGAAAAUAUGUGUUCUUCCAUUGAGGAUUGGUGCUAACAGUGGAACUUUUUUUAGGACCAUCAAUGUAAAUGUCUCCAUCAUGGACAGAAACGAUAACUCACCAUUAUUCCCCAUAAACUCUACCUCGUUGUCAAUUUCAGAAGAUGCUGCCAUAAAUUCUACAUUUCCACUUUCCAGUGCUGUAGACAGAGACAUGGGAGAAAACAACUCGUUAAAAACGUAUAUUUUGGAUCCAUCCAGCGACACAUUUGGAUUGAUACUCAGUCGCAAAAUUGAUGAAACACUUGAAGUGAACUUGGUAUUAAAUAAGAAACUGGACAGAGAAAAAUUGAGGUCUUAUCGAGUGUACUUAGUGGCAAAAGAUGGUGGCCUUCCACAAAGGUCGAGCACCAUGACAAUUGCUAUUACUGUAACAGACAUAAACGAUAACAAGCCUCGGUUUAGUUAUUCUCAAUACAAUGUUACCAUACAGGAGGACAUUGCUGUGGGAACCAACAUUAUGAAGGUAUCUGCAUCAGAUGAUGAUGAAGGACAAAAUGGUGUUGUGCAUUACCAGUUUUCAACAAACCCAAAUGGAGAAAGCCAGAAGUUAUUUUCAAUAAACAACAGUUCAGGAGAGGUCAAGGUCAUUCAACAAUUGACCUUCACUUCGGGUGAACCUCACAGGAUUGUAGUAUCUGCAUUUGAUCAUGGAUCCCCACCCCUUAGUAGCCAAGCCUUCAUCAACAUCCAUGUGGUUGAUGUCAACAACCAUGCACCAGAAAUUAACAUCAACCUCCUUUCUGAUGGCAAAGUCAAGGAGAGUUCAAACAAAGGAACUGUCAUCGCCUAUGUGGCUGUUGUUGAUAGAGACACAGGAAGGAAUGGACAGGUGACCUGUACAGUCAACCAUAGCAAAUUUCAACUCCACAAUCUCUCCAACACGGAGUAUAAAGUCAUUGUGUCAAAUGAACUGGACCGGGAGGAGAACAUUGAGUAUAUAGUCAAGGUCAACUGUGAAGAUGAUGGUGUUCCAAAACAGAACAAAUCUGAAAGCUUUAUUGUGCAGGUUCUGGACAUGAAUGACAAUGAACCUAAGUUUGACAGAGAGCAGUACAAUGCAACUAUAACUGAAAAUAAAGACCCGGGUCAGAUGAUUACCAAGGUGACUGCCUCCGACAGUGAUCAAGGAAGCAAUGCUGAAGUGCGCUACUCCAUUGAGUCGAAAUUCCGCACUCAAUUUGAAGUUGAUGGCAGCACUGGGAUCAUCCGAGCCAAGACGCAGUUUGACAGAGAGGUUCAGAGCUUCAUUAUAUUUAAGGUGUAUGCGUCUGAUAAUGGAUCACCGGUUCCUCUGACUGCCACAGCCACUGUGAAACUGAACAUUGAGGAUGACAACGAUGAGUACCCAACGUUUAACCAAAGUAGGUACGAAUUCCAGGUGAUGGAGAAUAGGGAUGCUGACAUUGUUUUGGGUACUGUGACGGCAACUGAUAAAGACAUUGGGUCCAAUGCAGCAAUUGUGUACACUAUACCCUUCUCCUACCAGAGCAUACCCUUUUCUAUUAACCCAUCUACAGGAGAAAUCAAAACAAACAGAAGGCUGGACCGUGAAGCGAGGUCCUCCUAUCUUCUCACUAUCAUGGCAAUGGACAGAGGUGUUUCACCCAAGAACAGCUCCUGUUCAGUCACUGUCAAAGUCUUGGAUGAAAAUGACGAGUACCCUCAAGUCAAGUUUCCUCUAAGAGGAAACGAGUCUAUCAAAAUUCCGCACACCACUGUACCCAAUUCUAUUGUUACACGGGUGGAGGCUUACGACAACGAUGAAGGGGAAAAUGGUGCUUUGAAAUUCAGCAUCGUGAAGAGGGAUGAUGACAACCUGUUCUACAUUGAUUCAAAAACUGGAGAAAUUUAUUUAUCCAGGAAGAUUGAAAGUUUCGAUAUCAAGGAGUUUUCUCUGUUUAUCGAUGUGUCAGAUCAUGGGGCUGUGCCACUGACGACAGGGGUAGAAGUGAGGCUAUUUGUAGAAUAUCAUGCCAUUCCGUCAGUGGCAGAGCAGAAAAUUGGACAGAAUGUGUUAAUAGCAAUCACUAUUGCUUGUGUGACAAUUGUGCUUUCAUUAGCCAUAUUAGUGACCAUUUUCCUAAUCAAGAGGGUGGAUAACAACAAACGUAAAAGACUUUCCUAUGUGGAGUCAAAUGACCAGCAUGAAUUUCAAAUUCCCAACUCUGUGCAAUAUAACUCUAAAAAAUCUUGCCUGACAAGAGAAAACUCUCAUAAAACUUAUCUGACAGACAAUAAUAAUCUUACAUCUCAGGAAGUGAAGAAGGUCAGCUUUUCAUCAGAUGACCAGCAGGAUUCUGGGAUUUUUAUGAUUGGUCGCGAUGCUGGUCAUAAUAACUUUGUAACCACCAAUCAACACAUCUAUGCAAAUCAACAGCCUUCUCCUUAUAGUAGUCAGCCUGAAGACACCCCACCACCCCGUCCUAGGAGGGAGAAGAAGCCUUCCGAUUUCCAUGAAAAGGAAUUAAACAGAUUGGCAUCCAUUAACUUUCAUCAUAAGCUAAUCAACAACUGUAACAAACCACAUAUGUAUCACCCUGAUGAGAACAGGCAUUUUCUAUCGCUGAAGAAACCAGGUGUUGAAGACACGAACAGUGAUGGAUCAGGGGAAAUAACUGUGUCAGACAGUGGGCGUGGCGGCAGCAUGGAAGACUUACACAGAGCCAGCGUAAUGAUCUAGUCAAUAAACAGAGGGAGAAAUUAGAGAUUAAAGGGAGAGACUUGCAUUUCGUAUUGGAAAUGGAUUUAUGUUUUGGUGCGUUAUGUAGAAGUGACUUGAACUACAGCAGACUGGAACAAAGGGAGAUCACUCAGCAGGUUACAGGAGCCUGCAGAGCCAAGGGAGAUCACUCAGCAGGUUCUUGGAUGAGAGUUGCCUCCCUUUUUCAUACAACAGCCAGGGAGAACCAUUAGACACAAAUAUGCAUAAUUUUUUAAAAAUCUCAUUUACUAUUCAUUGUCCAUCAAAAACAACAACAUAAAUUCCAUAAAUCCAUGUAAAUUGUAUAUUGCAUUCAAGACUGUCAUAAUUUAUUUGAUUGAUCAUGCUUGUCAUUAACUGAGUUCAAGUCUAGUCUCACACUCACUUGUUAUUGCUUAUUUAUGCCUGUAACUAUUCCCAUACAUGUAAACUGUUAUUUUUGUUAUUGUUUUAUACUUUUGAAAUACUGUAAUAAAAUUACAGAAAAUUGAA